AUGUCGACCGGACGCAAGGUCUUUCACUGCGCCGUGGACGAGACGGCUCUGACUACCAAUAUCAGCGAGAUCAAGAAAUGGACCACCAACGGAUCCAUCGAUCUCAUUGUCCCCCUUUACACUCUUGAGCGCCUCCACGCCUUGAAACGGGCGAGAUCGCAAGUCGCCAUUAAUGCCCGCGAGGCUGUUCGCUUUCUCGACCGAGUUACCUCCGGCAAAGAUACCAUCGCAUCCAAUCGAGUCGAACUUCAAGGUCCCAAUGAACAGUUCGAACACUGGGAGGAUGCGGAGAAAUUCUUCUUGCCGGAGUUCGAGGAAGAACCUCAGGCCCUGAGCGAUGGUGCCAAUGCUCGCACCGAGAUUCCGCGACCGCCGACCGAGCGACAGGAGACCCCUGCUGCGCCAGCAUCGGAUGAUCUGUCGCAGAUGCUACUCAGCCGAUUGAACUUCAAAAAAGACCCCGAAGCGACCUCCAACACUUCAGCUGGCUCCCCGAGCGGGCCACCCUCGCGCACCUCCUCCCGUAGUUCGCGCACCAGCCCCGAGUGCGCCCAGCAUGAGAACGGCAACGCACACAACUCGGCGAAUGUCAAGUCUGGCCACCAGCGCACCAUUUCGGCAUCCACGAUUCCCGUCGCCCCGGCUGAACUACGCCCAUUACUGAGUGCUCUCCUGUGGCGCCUGCACAGUGGCCCGGAUGGAGAGAACGCAGCCAAAGGCUGUAUUCUUGUCUCCAACGACCGCGCGACUCAGAUUUGGGCUCAGAAGUUUGGGAUCGGUGUGAAGAACAUCGUCCAGCUACGCACCGCGAUCCAGUAUGAAGAGCGCGAGUACAAGAACCGCUGCAAAUACGUCGAAAAGACUCAGACCCAGGCCCAGACUCCCGAACCCAAGACUCUCCUAUCCUUCGAGGAUGAAAGCGACGAGGACGAGUUGGUCUUUGUCCCUCGCGGCCGUGGCAGCGGCAAGGGCCCCGCCCGGGGUCCGCGCGUCGGGGCAUCUCGCAAAGCUGCUGUAAAGGCCAGCCCUCCAGCCGUCGCUGAACUCCCAACAACUACGAUCGAAGUGCCUACUCAACCUAUUGACCCGAACUCGUUCAGCCGAUCCAUCGGUGGGGCUAAGGCCCCGCCCGCCGUCGAUCCGAACCUCCAGGGCACUGCACGCGGCAACGGAGCUCCUCGUCGUGGUUCCUCUGGGCGCCGCGGUGGAUCCAGUCGUGGAUCCGCUCGUGGUGCCCCUCGUGGUACUUCACGUGGUAAUGGACGUGGUCGGGGCAAGCUCUGGGUUCCUUGA